AUGCCAUCCCUCGCGCGCAAGGUCAUCAUUGCUGCUGCAGUGGAUGGCCUCCUCAUCCAACCUCUUGCGACCAAGAAAGAGCACAAACCCUCGCCUCCUGUCAGGCUGCGUUAUGGGGAUGCUGCCAUAUCAUUCGUCUCCCGGGACGGGCUUCCGGACCUCUCCAAGCCCAACUCCUCGUUCGAGGCAUUCGGAGUCGUCGGUCUCAUCACAGUCUCCCGCUUCAGCUAUCUCGUCUCGAUCACCCGCCGCAAACAGGUCGCUGUGAUCCGCGGCCAUCCAGUCUACGUCAUUACCGAGGUCGCCCUCACCCCGUGCUCUUCCUACAACGAUGCCAGCGAAGCGGUUGCGAAGACCGCCGUACAGCCACAAAGCAAAGAGGCCGGAGAGUCGGCCGGAGAUGAUACCGACACCGAGGCUGGAGACGACACCGAUACAGACACGGCUUCGAUUAAGAGCGACGAGGUACCUACCGACGACGAACAGCCCGAUGCAGCAGAUGGGUCCAAGCCCUCUGCUACCAGUGUUGCCAAGGAUGUCAUGAACCGGCGUGGCAGCUACGGCCGUUUUGCGCAACGCUGGUUCAGUAGCAGCGGGUGGACGCUGGAGCAGAAGCGGAGCAUGGGUCUCAGCCAGUCCGAGGAGAACGUCAAUAACGCCGUGGACAAGGCUGCGGAUGGCAACGUACCAGGAGACUCCAAGACUCCUGCGGCCACCAAGGAGGAUACCGCAUCACCUGAGGCGGCCGGCAUUCCUGUAGAGGAUGCGAAAGAAGAGAAGCUGGCUCCACCGGCUCUGCUCCCCAAGCUACUGCGCACCACUCAGAUUCUAUUCGGAUCUUCCCAGAGCUACUUCUUCUCCUACGAGUACGAUAUCACUCGGAGUCUAUCUAGGCAACGCGAGGCAACUCCCCAGGGCGACACUCCGCUCCACCGAAAAACCGAUCCGAUGUUUUUCUGGAACCAGAAUGUGAUACAGCCUUUCAUCGAUGCAGGAAUUGACUCCCUUGCAUUACCACUGAUGAAGGGUUUCGUGGGCCAGAGGACGUUUACUGUGGACAACCAACCGGAGCAGCUGGACGAAUACAAAGGCUCUGUUGAGAUGAACGACUUCGCUAGCAACUGGUCAACAACGGGAUCAGAUUCCGAAGCAGCUCAUACGACACCUCCCGGGGGGAAGACCGCGGUCAACCCAAGGUCAUCGGAGAGGCAGUUCGAUAUCACUGUGAUAUCCAGGCGGUCAGUGAAAAGAGCUGGCUUACGUUACCUUCGGCGUGGAAUCGAUGAGGAAGGAUGGUGCGCCAACUCAGUCGAGACUGAGCAGAUUCUUUCACCAGCUAUCAUCGACCCAAAUUCAAAGAUAUACUCCUUCCUACAAGUCAGAGGUAGCAUACCGGUAUUCUUCACGCAAAGCCCCUACUCGCUGAAGCCCAGCCCGGUCUUCCAGCACUCAGAUGAUACCAACUUCCAGGCCUUGAAGAAACAUUUCGAUCGACUUCGUCAGCAGUACGGGUCUCUUCAAAUCGCCAAUCUCGUGGAGAAGCAUGGCGUCGAAGCUCCGAUUGGACAAAAGUAUCAGCAAGGAAUGGAGCGAUAUAACGAGGGCAAAGCCAAGGAGGAUGCAGUACCGUUUGAGUGGUUUGACUUCCAUGAUGCAUGCAGAGGCAUGAGAUUUGAGAACGUGGAGAAGCUCAUCGAUACACUCCAAGACCAACUCGAAGCUCUUGGAAGCACAGUGGAAGAAGGCGGUGAGAUCAAAGAACAACAGAAGGGCGUGAUAAGGACGAAUUGUAUGGACUGUCUGGACCGAACAAAUGUUUGCCAGAGUUCAUUCGCCAAAUAUAUGCUUGACGCCCAAAUCAAGGAGCAAGGUUAUGACAUGACGGCACAGCUAGACCAGGUGAAUACCUGGUUCAACACAUUGUGGGCAGACAACGGGGAUGCCAUCUCAAAACAAUACGCAUCGACCGCGGCGAUGAAGGGCGACUACACGCGCACGAAAAAGAGGAACUACCGUGGUGCCCUGGCUGAUGCUGGGUUGGGGCUGACACGGUUUUUCAAUGGCAUGGUCAACGACUUUUUCUUGCAGGCCACUAUCGAUUUCCUACUCGGGAAUGUCACAUCUCUUGUUUUUGACGAGUUUGAGGACAACAUGAUGACAAAAGACCCGGCGGUCUCCAUCCAGAAAAUGCGAGACCAGGCCAUCGAGCUCUGCCAGAAGCGUGUCGUUGAGGACGCCAAAGAGGAGUUCAUCGGGGGCUGGACAUUUCUCAGUCCCGCAGUCACAAACAGCAUGAUGGGCACGCCGUUUCAGGAAGUUGUGCUCCUCCUCACCGACACGGCGAUUUACCUGUGCCGCUUCGACUGGAACCUUGAUAAAGUUUCAUCUUUUGAGCGGGUCGAUAUGUCACAUGUUCAAUCUAUCAAGACAGGAACAUACGUCACAUCCACGGUGUCUGCAACCCAGACCGAUGAGUCAAAGAACGUCGGCUUGGUCGUAGUGUACAAGCCAGGCUCAAACGACUAUCGGCGUGUCAACACACGCUCUCUUUCCAGCAUCAAGGACAAUGGAUCAGACUCUGCUUCGGAUGAUACCCAAGCCCAAAACGCCAAAAAUGUCCCUGGCUCCUCCGCAGUCCAGUCCAGGCUCACAGGCCUACUGGGCCGGAAGACCGGUGCCGCCCCAGCAGAGACUAAGAAAAUCGCCCUGAAGGCGCCAUACACCAACUCGUCGCUCGCUGACCGCGGUGGCAAAGCCGACGCCUCUCGCAUGACGGAGAGUCAGCUUGUUGCGGCCGUUGCCCACGAGAUCGAGCGGCUGGCGUUCCUGAACCACCCCGUCUCUGGCACUGCCGAGGCGAAGAGGGAGAGCAUCAUCGAAGAAGGAGACAUUGUGAGCCUGGCGGAGGCGAAGAGGAACGUGGGUAUUUUUGAGACACUGGGAUAUAACCUCAAGAGGCUGGUUUGGGCAUAG